AUGCCUUCCGACGACUAUAAGUGGUUCUCCCUGGGUGCGCCCAUCCGAGACCAUCCGAACGCCACCUACUCGUACCCAGAUCGCACUCGCUUCAACGCCGACACGGGGACAUACCGCGCACAUCCUUCCUACGCGAACGAUCGAGCAGCUCGAGAUCGCAAAUCUAUGCACGGGUUAGACAAGCGCUGGGCUACAGGCAGUAACGACACUGUGAAUGCUAGGGCUUAG